CUGAGGGACAGUCUGGUCACAACAGCAGGAUGUUUGGUGUCACCACUGUCACACUCUGAGUUCUUUGUAGAGGACCAACAGACAGACCCUAGUGGUAGUCUAGAUGGAAUGCCUUGGGGUCACCAGACCAGACCAGUCUCUAUGGGGUGAACUGUGUGCCCAAGAAGACUGGGCACCUCAGGCUGAAGUGAUCACUGUUGGACUCACAUUACAUGUAGGACAGUGAUUGGGCACAAGACAGUGCCACAGUGGGGCACAGAGGGUCCUCCGAGGACUUCCAUGUCCAGGACUGAUGCUCACUGAUUAUCGCAAACCCACUUUUUUGCUUUGUCUACUUUGGCUUUACUGUGCCCAGUGUGACUGGCAGGGACAGCCAGCACUAGACAUGAAGCCCUUCAUGUUGCUACCAGCUCCCCCAAUAUCCACUAGGUCUCCCGGCAAUGAGGUGCCAGGCUCAGACACCAAAUGCCACUUUGUGCUGCAGCCUUGGCGCCUGUGCUGCUUGUUUUUUGCAGCCUUGGCAGAAUUGAUGGAGCCUCAUUAAAUAUUGACGUGCGCUUAUGUGCGCCAGGGAGCCGCGCUGCAGGCUGGGCAGGCCACCGGAUCUGGAGAGGGCGAGUGCCACCUGGCGACACUGCAUUUUGAAUGGUGGCAUGUGAUUCUCAAUGGCUAGUGUUUACUGAAGGUUCACUGGUAGUGCAUGUGCAUCAUCUUGGCAUUGUCACUGGCAGCCACUGGCACUCCACGUGAUGUCCCCAGGGGUUUAGGCCAUCGGAUUCUUGUCUUUCCCCGUCCUGACCCCCGCAAUGUGAACGCCCGCUGGCCUGAUAACACUACUGCCUGUGCCCUCUUGUGUCUGCCAGGGGUCAGCCGAUUCGUACACCAGUAGGCCCUCCGACUCCGACCUGUCCCUGGAGGAGGACCGAGAGGCGUGUCGGCGGGAAGCCGAGCGCCAGACGCUGCUGCAGCUCGAGAGAGCCAAGACUAAGCCCGUGGCGUUUGCCGUGAAGACCAAUGUCAGCUACUGUGGGGCACUGGACGAGGACUGUCCAGUCCAAGGGGCUGCCAUCAACUUUGAAACCAAAGACUUUUUGCACAUUAAAGAGGUGGAAAUACAACAAUGACUGGUGGAUCGGGCGCCUGGUCAAGGAGGGGGCUGACAUCACCUUCAUCCCGAGCCCACUGCGGCUGGAGGCCAUGAGGCUGAAGCAGGAGCAGAAGCAGAGGAGGACCGGUGGAAACUCAUCGUCAAGUCUGGGGGACAUGGUGUCAGGAGGCUGGCGGUCCACACCGCCAUCUACAGCCAAACAGAAGCAGAAGCAGGCCGAGCACGUCCCCCCAUAUGAUGUCGUCCCCUCCAUGAGGCCCGUGGUGCUUGUGGGCCCCUCACUCAAAGGCUACGAGGUGACUGACAUGAUGCAGAAGGCCCUCUUCGACUUCCUGAAGCACAGGUUUGAGGGCAGGAUAUCCAUCACGCGGGUCACUGCAGAUCUGUCCCUAGCCAAGCGGUCAGUCCUCAAUAAGCGGGCCAUCAUUGAGCGCUCCAACACCCGCUCCAGCCUGGCGGAGGUCCAAAGCGAAAUCGAGAGAAUCUUUGAGUUGGCCAAAACCCUGCAGCUGGUCGUGUUGGACGCCGACACCAUCAACCACCCAGCGCAGCUCAGCAAAACAUCCCUGGCACCCAUAAUUGUGUUCGUCAAGGUGUCCUCGCCAAAGGUGCUGCAGCGGCUCAUCAAAUCUCGAGGAAAAUCCCAAAGCAAACACCUGAAUGUCCAGAUGAUGGCAGCAGACAAGCUGGCACAGUGCCCUCCGGAAAUGUUUGACGUGAUCCUGGAUGAGAACCAGCUGGAGGACGCCUGUGAGCACCUGGCAGAGUACCUGGAGGUGUACUGGCGGGCCACCCACAUGCCAGGGCUAGCAAACAUCAACCCACUGCUGGAGCCAAGCCUGGCGCCCCGACCCUCUGCCACUGCCGGACUUCAGGAGCAGCAGGACGAGCCGGCAGAAGAGAACUCGCCCCUCGAGCAGGACAGCCUGAUGCCCGCAGAUGAUGUCACCCAGUCAUCCCGUGGAGGGGGCAAGACAUGGAAGCCACCCGGUCAGCGUGGUCCACGGCGCCUCGAUACCGAGGAGUACUCCGAUGCCUACGAGGACCUGUACAAACCACACCGAAACCACAGCGCCAGCCUGCACAGCUCCAACGGGCACGAGUCCCAGGACCGGCUGCUUGAGCGCGAGUCGGAGCAGAGCCACAACGAGCGCAACAGUCACCAGCGCAGCCGGCCCUGGCCUCGGGACAGUUACUGAGAGGAGGGGGGGGGGUGAGGUGGCAGGCCGGGCAUCUCUCUGCUCGGAGGGAUGGGCUAUACUCAUCAGGGUGGGCACAGAAACAGCCCUGAUCUGAGCCAGUCACAAGAUGACCUUUUGCCACCCUUAGGCCACAGAGUGAGGAUAAGCCCCGCCACGUCCUGUAUGCCACUUGACCGUGCCUGCCGCCGGACAAACAUGGCACCUGUCAAGUCCAGAAACAUGGGCGACGAUGUGCUGCCAUUGAAAGGCACUAUAAAGCAGGCAGGACUUGACGGACAUGUCCGACACUUGACCCCUUGCCCUCAGUCUUGAGGUCACGAUGGGGGGGCUCUGAUGUAAACAUUAGUAGGCACCCUCGCCCAUCCCCAGCCACUAAAACUGGCACAUGUGAUGCAAUGGCCAGCGUCACACGUGCCACCUGCUGACCAUACUGCCAGGUCUUCCCACUGGCCAGCUGCACAAACAAACUUCCUUGUUCACCUCAUUUGAACCCACCAGGUCUUCCAAGCCCAAUGCCAGCUGUACCAAGUCUUCCUGCUGCUUGUGUGGUGCCAGCUUGACAUUAAAUGCCCACUGUCCCCCAGAUGAUCCAGUGAAGCACAACAGUAGCACGCUGCCGUCCUCAUCUGCUCCCGCUUGACACACUAUGGCUGGCGGGGCAGCUGGACACUGGCACCCAUGUCUUGCCACACAGAGGUGGGCCCAAUGCCCGCCACUGCUCAAAUCGCCUUCCUGUUGCAGUAGAGAUUCUAAUAAAGAGUUCAAGGCAA